CAUAUGGAGGAUGAGUCUCCUCCUUCUCAAGGAGUCAGUGUCAAGGUCUUGGAGGCAACAUUACUGUCAGCCCUGAAGAUGCUGGAUGUUGGGAAAUGGCCAAUUUUUUCUCUCUGUUCCCAAGAAGAGCUCAAGUUAAUUCGUCAAGCCUGUGUAUUUGGCAGUGCUGGUAAUGAAGUGUUGUAUGCAACUGAAAACGAUGAGGUUUUUGUGCUUGGCAUGAACUGCAGUGGGUGUUUGGGAACAGGUGACAUGCAGAGCACUAUUGAACCAAGGAGAUUAGAUUCUCUUUGUGGCAAAAAGAUAGCCUGUCUAAGUUAUGGAAGUGGCCCUCAUGUUGUUCUUGCUACAGAAGAAGGAGAAGUGUAUACAUGGGGUCAUAAUGCUUAUAGUCAGUUGGGCAAUGGUACAACAAAUCACAGUCUCGUUCCCUGUCAAGUCUCUACUAACCUGGUGAACAAGAAAGUCAUUGAAGUUGCCUGUGGCUCCCAUCAUUCUAUGGUGUUGACAUCUGAUGGAGAGGUAUACACGUGGGGUUAUAAUAACUCAGGCCAAGUUGGAUCUGGUUCAACAGCUAAUCAACCAAUUCCUCGAAGAGUUACCAGCUGCCUACAAAAUAAAAUAGUAGUUAAUAUAGCUUGUGGACAGAUGUGCUCUAUGGCUGUAGUGGAAAAUGGAGAGGUCUAUGUCUGGGGUUACAAUGGUAAUGGCCAGCUUGGACUGGGCAGCAGCGGCAAUCAGCCAACACCAUGCCGAAUAGCAGCUUUGCAAGGCAUUCGUGUACAGCGGGUUGCCUGUGGUUAUGCACAUACACUAGUGCUAACAGAUGAAGGUCAGAUUUAUGCCUGGGGAGCCAAUUCAUAUGGCCAGUUAGGUACUGGGAAUAAAAGUAACCAGCCUUACCCUACAACAGUUAUUGUGGAUAAGGACAGAGUUAUAGAGAUCGCAGCCUGCCACUCUGCUCACACGUCGGCUGCCAAGACCCAGAGCGGCCAGGUGUACAUGUGGGGCCAAUGCCGUGGGCAGUCAGUGAUCUUUCCCCACCUCACUCACUUUGCCUGCACUGACGAUGUGUUUGCUUGCUUUGCUACCCCUGCCGUUAUGUGGCGUCUUCUAUCAGUAGAGCCUGAUGACCAUCUAACAGUAGCCCAGUCACUAAAGAAGGAAUUUGACAACCCUGAAACUGCAGACCUGAAGUUUCUCGUGGAUGGAAAAUACAUUCAUGUUCAUAAAGUUCUUCUCAAAAUUAGGUGUGAACAUUUUCGUUCCAUACUGAAUAAUGAUGAUGAAAUUAUAGAAAUGAGUGAAUUUUCUUAUCCUGUUUACCGAGCCUUCCUGGAAUACCUGUAUACAGACAACAUUAGGCUCCCUCCUGAAGACGCAAUAGGACUGCUAGAUUUGGCAACACUGUAUAGAGAAAACAGAUUGAAAAAGCUUUGCCAGCAAACGAUCAAACAAGGCAUUUGUGAAGAGAAUGCCAUUGCUCUUCUUUCCGCUGCUGUCAAGUAUGAAGCUCAGGACUUGGAAGAAUUUUGCUUCAGAUUUUGCAUAAACCAUUUAACUGUUGUUACACAAACUCAAGGCUUUGCAGAAAUGGACCACGACCUCCUGAAAAACUUCAUUAGCAAAGCAAGCAGAGUGGGAGCAUUCCGAAACUGAGGUCUACUACUAAUUGAGGACUACCACCAAGCUG